AUGCGGAUCGGAGCCCUCGCCCUUUCCAUUCUAGCCGUCGCGACACCAGCCCUGGCUGACGGGGGCCGCACGGCUGCCGAAGCCGCCGCCGACGGUAACAGGCUCCUCGCGCAGGGCUCGUACUCUGACGCGGCGCGCGCGUACUCUGAAGCGAUCGCCUCGGAUCCCACUUAUGCCAACUACUACAAGCGCGCGACGGCCUACCUCUCGAUGGGGAGGCACACGGCCGCUCUGGAUGAUUUUGACGCGAUCCUAAAGAUGAACCCCGACUUUUCGCAAGCGCAUUUCCAAAAAGCCAAGAUCUACGCACAGGACGGCGCGUUCGACGACGCAGCUCGCGAGCUCACCUCAUUCCACAAGAGCAAGCGCGACGAGGCGAGCGACGAACUGGCCCGUAACGUCGCGUCGGCACAAGCAGGCCUUAAGGCCGCGAAAGCCGACGUGGGACGCCAGAAAUGGGACUCGUGUGUAGAGCACGCAACACAGGCCAUCAAAGUCGGCUCGAACAAUGCCGAGCUGCGUGAAUUGCGGGCACGAUGCGAGACGGAACGCGGAAACGUCGAGGGCGCAUACGCCGACCUCAGCCGCCUCGCAACCCUCAACCCAUCGUCUCAGGAGUUGAGGGCCCGGUUGGCCCACCUCGCCUUCUUCUUCCUCGAGCCUGCGACGGCGGUCGCCGAGCUCAAAAAGUGCCUCCACUACGACCCGGACUCGAAGGCGUGCAAGGCGCUGCAUAAAAGCAUGCGCGCUUUCGACCGUGACCUAGUCAAGGCGCGUAACUUUGCCGCUAGUGACAAGCCGAGCGACGCUAGACGUGCUAUCACGCUCCUACGCGGCGAGGAGGGCCUAAUUGCACGCUUCGACAAGCUCCUAGAUGAGGCAGUGGCUUCUGAAGCCAUCCCCGCCCAAUUCGACGCGCGCAAGCGCUCCACAACCCGACUGGAGAUAUACAGCAUAGGUUGCCGGGCGAUCGUAGACGCCAACGAUAUGGCGUCCAAGCUCGGCAGUCUCUGGUGCGACCAAGUCCUGGCCAUGGACGAGGGCAAUGAAGCGGCUCUAGUCUACCGAGGCGAGAAACUGCUCAAAGCCGAGAAGUGGGAGGAAGCAGUCACCUCUUUCCAAUCCGCCUUUGAAAAGUCGGGUCGCCGCUCUCAAGAUAUAAUGCAGCGCCUUCAAAAGGCCGAACGUCUCCUCCAAGUCUCCAAGCGCAAGGACUACUACAAAGUCCUCGGGGUAUCUCGUGACGCCGACGAGCGAACGAUCAAGAAGGCGUUCCGGAAGGCUGCCAAAGAAAACCACCCCGACAUUGGGGGGAGCGAGGACAAGAUGGCCACUAUUAACGAGGCGUAUGAGGUGCUCUCGGACUCGGAGCUGCGGUCGCGGUACGAUAAUGGCGACGACCCGAACGACCCCAGUGGAGGACAGGGGGGUAACCCGUUCGCCCACCAUGGAGGCGGGGGGAUGCCGUUCUUCUUCCAGCAGGGGUUCCAGGGCGGCGGCGGUGGUGGGUUCCCUGGAGGAGGUGGAGGACAGAAGUUCCAUUUCCAGUUCUGA